AUGUCUCUCGCGCAGCUUCCAUUGACCAUCAUCGUCGCUGCCACAGCGAAGAAUGGCAUUGGAAAAGCCAACGGACUGCCAUGGCCCAUGCUGAAAAAAGAUAUGGCUUAUUUUGCGCGCGUGACCAAACGUAGAAUCAUGCGCGCCGGAGCGUGCCAGAACGUGGUCAUUAUGGGCCGCAAAACUUGGGAGAGCAUACCGCCCAAGUUCCGUCCAUUGAAGGAUCGCACCAACAUUGUGAUUAGCUCGCAAGGUCGAUCUGCAUUGCAGCCACUGCCGGAUGAUGUUGUCGUCGCCGCAGAUAUCGUGUCUGGCUUGCAGUCACUCGAACAACUGGUCCACGAGGGCAAGUUCUUGCCGGUCGGGCGAGCGUACAUUAUUGGAGGCACGAGCAUCUACGAGGCCGCUCUGAAGCUGCCACAGCUCAAUCGAAUCUUGUUGACGCGCAUUGACAAGGAGUACGACUGCGACACCUUCUUCCCAGUGCAGCUGGAUGAAGAAGACCAGAACGUUCCCGGCGGCUGGCGCCGAGCAACUCAUGCAGAGCUGCAACGCUUCGUUCAGGAAGAUGUAGCAGAGGGUCCCGUGGCCGACCGCGCUGGCGACCAGGACAUCGCCGUGGACUUUCAGCUUUACGAACGUGCAUAA